AUGUAUGCCGAAGUCCAUCGGCGUACCAGGCAGCUGCGGGUCCCGAGGGGGCGAGUGUGGAACAGGGCCUGUCGGAUCAUCAAGCUUCAGGCCAAGACGGUCCUCAUCGAUAAUUGGCGUGCUUAUCUUGCCAACCCGGCUUUGCCGGAGAAGAGGACCGUAGAUGCUGUCCGGCCCUGUCUAGCGGAAUGGCUGGACAGUCGUCGACACGGGUUGACCUAUAGGGCGACGCAGGUGCUUACCGGGCACGGUUGCUUCGGUGAGUACCUGUGUCGCAUUGGGAAAGAGGCAGCCACCAACUGCCACCACUGCGAAGCGGAGAGGGACACGGCGCAGCACACAUUGGAGGAGUGCCCUGCCUGGGCCGAGCAGCGCCGUGUCCUACGGGAGGUGGUCGGAGAUGACCUCUCCCUCCCGGCCAUAGUGGCGGCUAUGGUCGGGGAUCAAUCGAAGUGGCGGGCAUUCCUGACCUUCUGCGGUCAGGUUAUGUCCGCCAAAGAGGAGGCCGAGCGGAUCCGUCGCGGAGUGGUAACCCAGGAUGCGGCGGAUCCGCCAAAUUGA